GCUUUUGGCACAAGACUUUAAAUAUUUGGUCACUUAUUUCAGCCAUAUUUCUUCGUCUUCGCUGGCCUCGGCCCAACAUUAGCGGAGAGGUUUGGAACGCGCCGUCGGUCGCCCCCUCUGUGGUCUCCCCCCACCCUGCCUCCCCGCUUGGACUGGUCCAUUUCACAUCUGAGAAAAAUCUGAUAGUUGGAGGAGAGUUCUUCACGCCAGGGAUUCAGCCUCAACACAACGAGUACCGAAGCUCCUGCAUCUCCUUGAGAUAAGCAAAUGGAUGAGAAGGAGCUGAGUGAUCCAAUGAAUAACGCACCGGUCAUCCAAGAUGACUUGACCAGGUCGAACACGGGCUCUUCUGGCGACUCUGAGAAAAUGCUCCAGCGCUUGAACGAUGAACUCCGAGGAGCCCAGGAGCUAGCCAACGCCGAGAAGCACAAAUGCAUGGAGCUACAAGGCCUCCUGCAGGACGAGAGAAAAGAAAAUAAGCAACAAGCUGAUGAGUCUGCGAAACAGAUAAAACAUCUUCAAGGUCAGCUGCGGCAGCUCCAGGAUGAAACGGGCGUCCUCAGGGACCAGAGGGACGUCUCGGCCGGCGAGCUGCAGAGCGCACGCGACGAGGUGAAGGCGCUGAACCGCGCCCUUGAGGCAGCCGCCGGCGAGCGGGACCGCGACGCCGCCGCCGUCCAGGCCAACCUGGCGACCGCCUCCAAGGAUCUGGACAAAUGGCGUCAGGCGGCCAACAACUACGAGCGAGAGAUCGGCGAACUGCAGCGUGACCUUCAGCAGCAGAGCAAGCAGUGGCAGAAAACCGCAGAGAUACAAGCCGGAGAGCUGCAGUCCAUGCAGGCCGAGUGCAGCGGCCUCCAGAAGGAGUGCUCGGGCCUGCGCUCCGAGAAGCAGGACGCCGCCAACAAGCAGCAGAAGGAGAGCGCCGCCCUCCGGGCCGAGUGUGCGUCCCUGCGCUCCGAGAGGGAGGAGAUCCUCAAGGCCCACCAGAGGGACGCGGACGGCCUGCAGAGCGACUGUGCGACGCUGCGCUCUGACGUGGAGGCGGCGCUGCAGAGGCAGCAACAGCUGCAGAAGGAGCUCGCCAGUUCACGUGCCCAGAAUGCAGAGCUCAGCGACAGCCUCAAAGCCCUGCAGGGGUCCCAGCAGGAGCUGGAGAAGCGGCUGGCGGCCCAGAAGCUGCAGCACCAGCGGGACAGCGGCGAGCUGCAGACCCAGCUGGAGGAGGCGGGGGGGCACAGCAAGGCCCUGCAGAAAGAGUUUGAGGAAGCCAAGACGGAGCUGUCAGACCUGAAGGAGAAAUACGAGAAGACGGAGCAGGAAAAGCAGUCGCUCGCCGACGAGUUGGAGGAGUGCAAAGCCAACGUGGAGGAACUAAAGGAGAAAGGGACAAAGACGUCCCCAUUGCUGCCCUUUCAGGCCGUAGUCCUCGGCCUCGUCCUGGCCGGCCUGUUUUGGUGCUUCGGCGCGUUGUGGUACUAAAGAAGCCGUGGUUGAUCUGGGGGCCCGUCGCCGCCGCUGUGGCUCUAACAGCUGUGACCGCUGCCGUGCUCUUCAGGACCUGAGGGCAACGUGCACACACACGUGCACACACACACACACACCGAAACUCGCCCUCGCCAUAUCUGCACUUUUAAUUAGGAGGGCUCGUACUAAACAGUUUAAUUUCUAAGAUGCUCUAUUUUAGAUGACAGAUGUUAAUAAAAGAAUGUGUUUUGCGUGCAAAAGCGAAUACGCUUGUUUUGUUAUUUUGUAUCAUUUGGGGGAUCGUGUGUUUUUGUUUCUGUCAUAUACUGUAGUCUGUUAAUGAAUGUAAAGGAGCACUACACACUUAAUCAGUUCUAAAUCUAUUUUUCAUUGGAUCACCUGCCGUUUGAACCUCCCUAAAUGUAAUGCAUCUCUGUAACUGUCAGAAAUAAUAAAUAUUGUCACAAUAAC